UCAUACUGAGCCAGGUGGCAAAGGCAGCGCCGCAGAGCUCGGCAUUUUUUUAAAAAAAAAAAACACUUUGCGGCCGGCCCCGGAAGUGGGCCUUCGGGAAGUGUGGGGGGGAAAGGCGAGGCGGAGAGGCCAUGAUGCGCCCUCAGCCCCUCGGACAACUCCUGCGCUGGGCUCUGAGUCACCGCAGCGACGAGCUACAAACGACGAGCUACAAACCGGUGAUGGUGGCUGGCCUGGGCAACCACACGUUCCCUGGUACCCGGCACAGCGUGGGUAUGGCGGUGCUGAACCACCUGGCCUCCAAGCUGGACGUGGCUGACCAGUGGAAAAGAGACAAGCGAUGCUGCGCGGACAUGGUGGUGGCCCGUCUAGGGGAGGCUGAGCUUCUGCUGAUGAAACCCCGCAAGUUCAUGAACCUCAAUGGGAUCUCGUUGGCCUCAGCUGUGGAAAAAUACAACCUGGACAUUGAAGAUAUCUACCUGGUCCACGAUGAUCUGGAUAAGCCCCUGGGGAAGAUCUCCCUAAAACUAGGUGGCAGUGCCAGGGGUCACAACGGAGUCCGUUCCUGCAUCAGCUGCCUGCACUCCGAUCGCAUGGUGCGGCUCAGGAUUGGCAUCGGCCGUCCGACAGCGAAGGCCUCCGUCGAAGACUACGUCCUAAGCCGCUUCACCGACGCAGAGCAGGAGGUGUUGCCACCCGUUUUGGAGAGGGCAACGGCGAUGCUGCUGCAGCACAUUCAGCAGAAUCGCGGCAGGGGGGCGUCACCGGGUCCCUGCGACGGACUCGCGAGCCCCCUUCCCAAGACAGAAGGCAGGGGGCCCUCUUGAACACCCUCCCCCCCACCCCUAUAAGACCGGCCACUG